AUGGCUGCAAGGAAGCCUGGCUUGAUUGCUCUGUUCGAUGUUGAUGGGACUCUAACUGCUCCAAGAAAGGAGGUCACUCCUAAGAUGGUAAAGUUUAUGCAAGAUCUCCGAAAGGUAGUUACUGUUGGAGUGGUUGGUGGAUCCGAUCUCGUUAAGAUAUCAGAGCAGCUCGGAAAGACAGUCAUCACCGAUUAUGAUUACGUGUUUUCCGAGAAUGGCCUUGUAGCUCAUAAGGCUGGAAAUCUCAUUGGCACCCAGAGCUUGAAGUCAUUUCUCGGAGAUGAACAACUCAAGGAAUUCAUAAAUUUCACAUUGCAUUACAUUGCCGACUUGGAUAUCCCCAUAAAACGGGGAACUUUUAUAGAAUUCAGAAGCGGUAUGCUGAAUGUAUCUCCGAUUGGGAGAAACUGCAGCCAAGAGGAAAGAGAUGAAUUUGAAAAAUAUGACAAGGUUCUGAACAUUCGCCCAAAGAUGGUGUCCGUGCUGCGUGAGAAAUUUGGCCACCUUAACUUGACAUUUUCGAUAGGCGGGCAAAUAAGCUUUGAUGUUUUCCCCCAAGGCUGGGAUAAGACAUACUGCUUAAGAUAUCUUGAUGAGUUUCCUGAAAUUCACUUCUUCGGUGACAAAACUUACAAGGGAGGAAAUGACCAUGAAAUAUAUGAAUCAGAACGGACCGUGGGACACACUGUAACCAGCCCUGAUGAUACAAUGGAGAAAUGUAGAGCGCUGUUUCUUGGUGGCCAAUGA